AUGCAAUCUAGGUCGGAUUCAGAUCGAUCGACGGGAGGUAUCUGGAAGGAGAAGAUGGAGACGAUGGAGUCGAAGGAGAUGGCUGCGAAGAAUCAAGAGGAUCGAAAGGAUAGAAAGGAGUCGAGGAGAAGAAAAAGAAGUAUAAGAAGAGAGGAUGAAAUUAUAGAUGAAGGGAAUUGUUUGUUUUCAGUUUGCGGAGGCUUGUUGGUUGUGGAUUCGACUUUGUUUUGCACAGACAGUCUUGAUCAAAGAGGCCAACAGUCCGUAUCGGGUUGUCCGUAA